CGUGCUCAGAACGGAGAGAGAAGUUGAUCGCAGCGAUGGCAAGAACCAAGCAGACCGCUCGUAAAUCCACCGGUGGUAAAGCCCCGAGGAAGCAGCUCGCUACUAAAGCCGCCCGGAAGAGCGCCCCAGCCACCGGCGGCGUCAAGAAGCCCCACCGUUACAGGCCCGGGACCGUGGCUCUCCGAGAGAUCCGCCGCUAUCAGAAGUCCACCGAGCUGCUGAUCCGCAAACUGCCUUUCCAGCGUCUGGUGCGAGAGAUCGCUCAGGAUUUCAAGACGGACCUGCGCUUCCAGAGCUCCGCUGUCAUGGCCCUGCAGGAGUCCAGCGAGGCUUAUCUGGUCGGUCUGUUCGAGGACACCAACCUGUGCGCCAUCCACGCCAAGAGAGUCACCAUCAUGCCCAAAGACAUCCAGCUGGCCCGCCGCAUCCGCGGAGAGCGCGCUUAAACCCGCCGCUGACAAACACCCCAAAGGCUCUUUUAAGAGCCACACACACCGCACUGAACGAGACCGUUUCCACUUUACUGAAAAUAUAACUAAUAGGAAGAAAUGCGCUCUCCAUCUGUUUCAGCAAUUCUGUUCGAGUCAUCAAAUUGUGCUCCUAUCAAUGCUAGUUGCCCAUCACUACAAAACAAUCGACAGAAGUGUCGGUGUUAAUCACUCAAUUUCACAGCGAUACACCAAGAAAAUAUGUUUCUAAAAAAUUACAUAAAUUUAUUCCACAUAGAUUUAACUGUGUUUAAUGUGUCAGUAGAGGUAAUUUCGUUAUAAUAACUGUUUAUUUGCGGCUGAAGUGAGAAUCAAUGGUUUGCUGUAGCUCUUCCUUUUCUUCAGUGCGCGUUCCUUCAGCUCAAACACUGGAGCGCGCCUCUAAAUGAUACUGAUCUACAAUCAAAAGGUCUGUCAAAUGCAAACAUGUAAAUGUGAUUCAAUAAGUCUUUGUCAAAUAAACACGGAUUUAAACACGACACAAAGCACAGACAAAUGUUAGUGUAUGGCUUUAAAUCGCAUGGUUUCCUGCUCGAAUUGGGGGGUGGGGGGGUUGUGUGACGUGCCGCUGGUUUCAGUCAGGUCCUGUAUGCAGCUGUAAAUUGCCUCCCUGCAGCACUUACUCUAUAUUCGUUUUUCGUCGUACGACACGAAUAGAGGUAAUCCUAUCAUGUCUGGAAGAGGCAAAGGCGGUAAAGGACUCGGGAAAGGAGGCGCUAAGCGUCAUCGUAAAGUGCUGCGCGAUAACAUCCAGGGAAUCACCAAACCCGCCAUUCGUCGUCUAGCUCGCCGCGGCGGAGUCAAGCGCAUCUCCGGUCUGAUCUACGAGGAGACCCGCGGUGUGCUGAAGGUGUUCCUGGAGAACGUUAUCCGCGACGCCGUCACCUACACCGAGCACGCCAAGAGAAAGACCGUCACCGCCAUGGACGUUGUGUACGCGCUCAAACGACAGGGACGCACCUUGUACGGCUUCGGAGGAUAAACCGCUUCAGAUCCGAGAAGAAACCCAACGGCUCUUUUAAGAGCCACCCACACUCUCACUGAAAGAGAUUGCGUUGCUCAUUUUUGCUUCACAUCGAGAACUUUUCCUUAAAAUAAAGGAAGAAAUUAUA